UGACAAAUCAAAUUAUGAAGCUUUAUUGGCUAAUGAAAAUGUCAUGAAAUAUUUGUAUCAAGAAAAACCAUUAGUAGACAAGGAGUUUGAGGAUAAAAUCAGUGUGUAUCAAAUAGGACAACCUCAAGGAGCACUAACCAUCCUCGAUAAACAUAGUAAUUUUAUAGGAUUUAUAAUAUCUAAACCUGAAGAAAAAGAAGGAAGAUCUGAAAUAGCUUAUGCGUUAUCUAGUGAAUACUGGAAUAAAGGAAUUGGGCAAUCAGUAUUGAGUAAAAUAGUUGAAGUGUGGGGUAAAGAAUUAGAACAAUUUAGAGCUACAGUUAGGCCUAUAAAUAAAGCUGGCUUUGAACCAGUACAAGCAGAUAUUUCAAUUAAUUUUGAAGAUAAAGGUUACGAAUUACCAUCUUUGGAUAACGAAAAUUCUUUAAAAUAUUGUAAAAAACUUGAAUACUUUAUUAAUGAUCUUUAUUUAAAAGAGAAGAUAGAAGCUGGAAAACUUUACA